GUUUCACACACCGGAAACUUGUCAUUUAUCAACUUCCGGUGUCACGGGGUACCUGGGAGACGGAGCAAAAAAGCGGGCAUACCGAAAUCUUUAUUGUUUUCGUUUGUCUUAGAAUAUCUGAAAGCGUAUACGUUUGACUUAUCAAGUCAAACAACUGCGCCUUACCGGCCAGUGACCGCCUAGGAUUGCACUAGACUUUGAAAGAACUCUCAUUCAUUAGGUUCCGUACUGGCUAGCUAGCUAGCUAACGAGCUUCCACACUACUGUCUGGAGAAGGAGGCCCAUUCUUCUGGACUUUGCUACAAGCUAGUUAGCUAAUAUUAGCAGGCUAACCCAUGCGAACACGUUUUCUUCCUCAAUGAUUUUGUCUGUUACGUUGUAAAUGAAUACCACACCGCCAUUGUGUGCGCUGGUUAACAAUUUUUUGUAAUUCUCUUGUUACAUAGACAGUCAGUUGAAGCAAAAUUAAUUAAGCUACAUCGACGAAGCACUUGUUUUAAAAACAGUGGUGAUCACUUUUUUUUGCUAGCUUAAGCUAGCCACGGCUUACUGAACAACGCAGUCGCUGAAAGCGUAGUAGCCUUCAACCCACAGAGAUGUCGGACUUCGACGAAUUCGAAAGGCAGCUCUCUGAAAACAAACAAGCUGAAAGAGACAAAGAGAACCGCCACCACCGCCGGUCCUCCUCCCGCAGCCGUAGCAGAGAGAGAAAAAGGAGGAGCAGAGACAGGGACAGACGUAGCAGGGACCGCCGUGGGGACAGUAAGGAGCGCAGACACAGACGCAGCUCACCAUCCAGCUACCCCCAGGACAAUGCUGGAAGCCGUUCUCCACACCGUGAGAAGAAGAAGAAGGUGAAGAAGUACUGGGAUGUCCCUCCUCCUGGUUUUGAACACAUCACUCCCAUGCAGUACAAAGCCAUGCAAGCUGCUGGUCAGAUCCCAGCUACAGCUCUCCUGCCGACCAUGACUCCAGAUGGCCUUGCUGUUACUCCCACCCCUGUACCUGUAGUGGGCAGCCAGAUGACCCGGCAGGCCCGCCGGCUGUAUGUGGGCAACAUCCCAUUUGGUAUCACAGAGGAGUCUAUGAUGGACUUCUUCAAUGCCCAGAUGCGUUUGGGUGGUCUUACUCAGGCCCCUGGCAACCCUGUCCUUGCAGUACAGAUCAACCAGGAUAAGAAUUUUGCCUUCCUUGAAUUCCGUUCAGUGGAUGAAACAACACAGGCCAUGGCCUUUGAUGGUAUCAUCUUUCAAGGCCAGAGUCUCAAGAUUCGUCGUCCCCAUGAUUACCAGCCGUUGCCUGGCAUGAGCGAGAACCCCAGUGUCUAUGUGCCUGGUACACAGACAAUUAAUGGUGUGGUGUCCACAGUGGUGCCUGACUCGGCUCACAAGCUCUUCAUUGGCGGCCUGCCCAAUUACCUGAACGAUGACCAGGUGAAGGAGCUGCUGACGUCAUUUGGCCCCCUGAAGGCCUUCAACCUGGUGAAGGACAGUGCCACAGGCUUAUCUAAAGGAUAUGCCUUUUGUGAAUAUGUUGAUGUCAACCUUAAUGACCAGGCUAUUGCUGGGCUGAACGGCAUGCAGCUGGGAGACAAGAAGCUCCUGGUGCAAAGAGCCAGUGUGGGAUCCAAGAACGCCACUCUGACAAGUAUAAACCAGACCCCAGUGACACUGCAGGUUCCAGGUCUGAAUAGCUCAGUGACUCAGAUGGGUGGCCUGCCCACUGAAGUGCUCUGUCUGAUGAACAUGGUGGCCCCAGAGGAGCUGCUGGAUGAUGAAGAGUAUGAGGAGAUUGUGGAGGACGUCAGGGAUGAGUGCAGCAAGUAUGGCCAAGUUAAGAGCAUUGAGAUACCUCGACCUGUGGACGGUCUGGAGGUGCCUGGGACUGGCAAGAUCUUCGUGGAGUUCAUGUCAGUUUUUGACUCCCAGAAGGCAAUGCAGGGGCUGACAGGAAGGAAGUUUGCCAACAGGGUGGUGGUGACCAAAUACUGCGAUCCAGAUGCUUAUCACCGCCGGGACUUCUGGUAGAGGACGCAUGAAGAGAAGAGGGGAUGUGGGAGGGAGGGAGGGAACAUGUGCUGCCCAUUUCCAAAUCAGCCCCCCCAAUCAAAUGAUUUGCGGCAUUUCAGGUAGAUCUGGGAGUAUUAACCUUUUGACAAAUGGCUUUGGUGAUAUCCAGUUUGCCAUAUGAGAUCUACGUCAAAUGUCCAGCAGUUAAAAACAGAUAAUAAGAAUUGGAAGUGGAAGAACGGGGAGGGUUUAUAUUCAGUCCACAACACAGGAGGGGGGGGCUUGGUUUGGGUGAUGAGGGUGUAGCUGGGUGGGUGGGGGAGUCAAAGAUUUUUGAGUAAUGUGUGUAAUAAUAGGUUGAGGGUGGGGUCAACAAUUUUUAUACUUUGUGAGACAGGGAUGUCAUUUUGGGUGGGAGGGGGGUAUCACACUUCAAGGUUUGUAUUUAAAUGGAGGUAGCCUGUUUUAAGUACAUUAGAAAGGAGUUGCAGUAGGGAACUAACUGGACUAUUCUGAUUGAGAGGGGUCGAGAAAACAGGAGUGUUUAUUUGUGAAAAGUGGGGGAGAUGUAGAAGAAGGUGAGGGCAUUUUUGUUCGACUGUCUCGUAGAUAUACAGUAGCUAUGCCAUCAGCUUGAGUUUUGCCCCCAUCAUUAGAAAGGUAAGAGGAGAGUUCUCAUUUCUUUCAUUUUUUUCCCCUGUUUGGACUCAGUUAUUUCUUCAUGUUCCUUCAUUUUCAUCAGACUACUGCCCCCCUCAGGACGAGUGUCAGAGAAUCUGUUGUCUAAUUGGACUCUAUCUGGAUGUUAACUGUAGUUGUUCCAAUACUGUGUGUAGCUUCACUGAUUUCAGCUGUAAUCUCACUUUGUAUUCAGGCCACAGAAUAACAUGAACUGCAGAAAAGAACAUUGUCUUUCUUCUUCUUCUUUUUUUUUAAAUUUUCUGCAACUUUACUCACAUCUGUCUUUUUGUGUACAGCAUUUAAGAGAUUGAUUUUGUCUCACCAGUUCAGAUCUGGUUUAAUUCAAAAGGAAAUAAACAAAGGAAGAUAGGCAGAACAGCUUGGUAUUUAAUGGCAGAUUUAUCUCUUCCUUACCAAAAAGCCUUAAUGUUAUUACACGUCAAUUCACUAAGGAAAGAAAUUUGGCUGACCCCUCUAUUGACAGUAUCUGUAUGGUUAUGGAUGUCGUGCUCUUGUACUUUAGCCCUGCGUUACCAGUUUUCAUUUAUCCUUGUUUGUAAGAUGUAAGAUUUGUUGAAUCCGGUUGUGUUCUUCUUGUGCAACUUCUCACCUCUUCUACAAGACCAAAUAAACACCUGACUAAUA